UACAUGGAUUACCUCUACACAGUGGAGACCAGCAGCACCAAGGUGUGUGUAGGGCAGCAGGACUUCACCAUGGCGACAGGGCCUAAAGAAGAACCGGUCCCCCCUGUCCAAGAGACGUCUGUCAAGAGGCUGGUGGUCGGACCUCUGGACUUACGGCUCGACAGCAGCGCCGUGCACCGCCUUCUCAAGAUGCUGGCCUGCGCCAUGGACCACGAGUACCAGCCCUACUACAAACCACAACCAGACCCAGUGGAGGUGCCCUGGGCUCCAGCCUCCCAGGAGGAGGUAUCAGUGCUGGAGGAGUUUAUCCUCUACCAGGCUGACCUGCCUCACCCUGCAGAAGGUCACUGUCACCCUCAACAUGGCUGAGUUCAACCUCCUACACACACUGAUUCCUGUCAUCAUGGGACAGAAGGCCCCACCAGGUCCGGUCAGUGUGCCAGUCUUCCAGGCGAUGAGGCCCCUGCCGGCCCUCAGGUUCCAGGUGGACAGCGUUAAUGUGGAGCACUCUGUUCCCAUGUUCGCCCCUGAGCUCAUCAACACCGUCUCCUCUCUCAGCCAGCCCUCUGAUAACCUGCUGCACCACUGUUAUACACACUGCUACCU